AUGGAACGACCAGAGCUUGUGGAGUCUCCGCGCAAGCGGCAGAAGACCGAAGAUGUACCCGCAACCGAGGGUACAGCCGAUGUGCUCCCAGGGAAUGGCAGCGCCGCGGCGCCAGACGCCCAAGCCAUGAAGGAGCUAGAUGUUGGCAUCACGGAGAUCGUAACUGCCGAUAACGAGGGCUUCUCGGGUAUUUUGAAAAAGAGAUAUACAGACUUUUUGGUCAAUGAGAUCACACCCUCCGGCGAGGUCGUUCACCUUCAAAACCUCAGCGGCCCCCACUCUUCAAACGACGAGGAAGCCACUACAAAUGGCGCACAGCAAGCUGCGGCGCAGGCGCCGGAGCAGCCCGCUCCAAAGGAAGAUGCCGCGACACCCGAGUUCAAAGUGUCGGAAGAGGACAACGUCUUGCUUGCGGAGUUUUUCGGCAUUGAGAAUGCGACCGCAAUCAUUGAUCUGCACCAGAGAGCUAUGGCAUCACCGAAGGCUCGACCAAGUGAUCUGGGCAAGGUUACUGUUGUUGUCACCGACCGUGAUACCCGCACCAAGAUCCACCAAGCCAUCCGUCGCAUUUUUAACUCGCAGCUGGAAUCAAGCACCGAUGGCGAGGGAAACCUUGCCAUCACAGCCGCCAGCAACCGCUUUAAGCGUCAAGCUCAAGGUCACCGUGGGGGAGGUGGCCGUGGCAGCGGCGGCGGCCGUACGAACUGGGAAGAAUUGGGUGGUCCAUACCUGCAUUUCACGAUCUACAAGGAAAACAAGGAUACAAUGGAAGUCAUCUCAUUCCUAGCACGCACAAUGAAGAUGAACCCAAAAAGCUUCCAAUUUGCCGGCACCAAGGAUAGACGCGGUGCGACCGCCCAGCGCGCCUGUGUCCUUCGCGUUCAAGCGGAGCGACUUGCGAACAUGAAUAAGACUCUUCGAAAUGCCUAUCUUGGAGAUUUCGAGUACCGCAAGCAUGGUCUCGAGCUCGGUGAUCUCGGUGGUAAUGAGUUUGUCAUCACACUGCGCGAUUGUGAAAUCCCCGGGGUGGACUUGAAGGAUCCUCAAGCUGCUGUCACCAAGGCAUCCGAGCUUGUCGGUGCCUCGUUGAAGAACCUUCACGAUCGUGGUUACUUCAACUACUACGGUCUUCAGCGAUUUGGUACCUUCACGACCCGUACCGACACUAUUGGUGUCAAGAUGCUGCAGGAUGAUUUCAAGGGAGCCGUCGAGGCUAUCCUUCACUACGGCCCGCACGUUCUCGCCGCCGCCCUUGAGGGCGAAUCAUCUACGGCACUGAUUAGCACUGAUGACAAGGCUCGCGCUGAAGCCAUCCAUAUCUUCCAGACCACAGGCAAUAUUAGUGACGCUCUCGCCAAGCUCCCGCGGAAAUUCUCUGCCGAGCUCAACAUCAUCCGCCACCUAGGUCGAGUCAAGAACGACUAUCUCGGCGCCAUGCAGUCCAUCCCCCGCAAUCUGCGGCUGAUGUAUGUGCAUGCUUAUCAGUCUCUUGUGUGGAACUUUGCCGCCAGUGAGCGCUGGCGACUCUACGGCGACAAGGUGGUUGAGGGCGACCUGGUCCUCGUCAGCGAGCACCGGGAUAAGCUAGCCACGGAGGCUGCGGCGCCCAAUAGUGGCGUUGACGAAGAUGGCGAAGUCGUUGUUCUCCCCCAGGCCGAUGACAGCGCAUAUAUUGCGGAAGACUCGUUCCUUCGGGCCCGUGCUUUGACCGCUGACGAGGCCACGAGUGGCAAGUAUUCAAUCUUCGACGUGGUGCUACCCCAGCCUGGCUUCGACGUUCUGUACCCAGCCAACCAGAUGACCGACUUCUAUAAGCGGUUCAUGAGCAGCGAGCAGGGGGGCGGUCUUGACCCGUUUAACAUGCGCCGGAAAAAUAAGGACACCAGUCUAAGUGGCAGCUACCGCAAAGUUUUCAGCCGGAUGGGUCCCAACUUCUCCCAUGAGAUAAAGCUCUACUCGGAGGACAACGAGCAGUUCGUGCAAACGGACCUAGAGAGGCUCAAUGGCAGCAAAACGGGUGACAGUGCGGUGGGGUCCCAGACUGGGGAUAAGUUGGCCGUCGUGUUGAAGUUCCAGUUGGGCUCCAGCCAGUACGCAACCAUGGCUCUCCGCGAACUGACCAAGGGCAAGGUCAGGGAAUAUAAGCCUGAUCUUACUGGGGGUCGUUAA